AUGGCGAUCGCAGGCCCAGCCUCGGGGGAGGCGUUAGCGCCGUCGCCUUCGUCGGGCUUGUCUGCCUCCCCCGCCGCCGUUGUGGCGGCGCUCGCUGCGGGCGGCAAGAACGACGACGAACUGGGCUACAUGGGGGAAGAGGGCGUCUCGACGGGGAAGGAAGAAGAGCCAGACGAAGCGGAGCUGGAGCACUUUGCAAGUGUCAGACAGGCCUUCGAGUUGUACGAACACGACGCGCUGCUGGAGGUUCAUCGCAUAGAGCGCCAUCUGCGGCGCCUCGCCCCGGAAGACAGAGCGCUGCUGAAGGAGUCGAUCGGCUCGCGGAUUGCGAGGCUGAAAGACGCAAUCGCCUGCAACCAAGCCUUCAUCAACCUCGUCCUCAUCGCCAGCGAUAACAGCAACAUGCAGCCUCACGGGACGUUCCCUUCCGACAGUCUCGACGGCGACCGAGGCAGGCCCCAGGCCUGCGCAGAGAGCCACAGCCACAACACCCCCGCAGUAGCGAGAGACGAGGGCUGCUACGGCUGCGAUUGCCAUCACCCCAGCGCCGGCUGCGUGACGACCGAGCCCACAGAAGACGCGCACAGAGGACAACUCGCACAGAAGCUUGCAGACGUCGGCGCCCGCGGCCUGCGGGAGCCAAGCGCCAGGCACCCUCCGGGCGGAGGCGAUCAGGCGACAGCUGCGAACGGCAGUUACGCCGGCUUGCCCCCGCCGGAGCCUGAGCUGGGAGGCGGGCGUGCAGCCGCCGGCGAGUCAGUGAAAAAGAAGAAGAAGAAAAAGAAGAGCAACGGGAAGUCAACCGCGGGCUGCGCCAAGCCGCGACAGCCAGACCAGGAUCAGAAGACGCAUAGUGGAGGACCCGCCGACGCGAGGGGAUCGGGAUUCGCAGCUGGCGACGGCCUCCCAUGCUCCGCGCCGCCAUCGCAGGGGCACUGCGGAGAGUCCUCGGCGCCCAGUGACUCCUACCGCAUGGCGAUUGACCACGAGAAGCUCGCGCGGAAUAUGUCCAAGGUGAGAAGCACUCUGCGGCAGUUUGUGAGAGACUGGUCGGCGGAAGGCGCAGAGGAGAGGGAGGCCGCCUAUGGGCCCCUGCUGGAGGCGCUGGAGUCUCGCAUGCCCAUCCGCGAUCGCACCAAGCCACCAAGAGUCCUGUGCCCCGGAUCUGGGCUUGGGCGCCUGCCCUUCGAGGUCACGCGCCGCGGGUACGCCUGCCAGGGCAACGAGUUUUCGUACUUCAUGCUAAUGGGCUCCGAUUUCAUUCUGAAUCACGCUCUAAAGGUCCGGUCUUGCCCUCUGCAGCCGUAUUGCCUCUCAACGUCGAACCGGCGAGGCAGACACGACCACCUGCAGACCGUGUGGAUUCCUGACGUAUCCCCGAACGAACACAUUUCUCCCGACACGGAUUUCUCCAUGUGCGCCGGCGAGUUCGUAGAGGUCUACGGCGGAUGCGACGGCACGCCGAGCGGCAUCCCGGGAGCGUCUCAGCCCUUCGACGCAGUCCUGACUUCGUAUUUCCUCGACACCGCGAGAAACGUGCUGCUCUACAUUCGUACCAUCGCCAAGAUUCUCCCCCCCGGCGGCCUCUGGGCGAACAUCGGUCCUCUGCUCUACCACUACGCCGAGAUGCCGAACGAGAUGUCCAUCGAGCUGGCUUGGGACGAGCUCGAAGAAGUUAUACGGCUGUGGUUUGAUAUCGAGAAGAUCGAAUGGCGCGACGCGUACUACACCUCGAAUCCAAAGUCAAUGAUGCAGGUCCAGUACCACUGCGUCUUUUUCGUUGCCAUUCGAAACUCCGCGCCCGCCCCCGUCGUCACGCCUCUGCCUGACGCAUACUAG